UUACACACACAAAGUUUUUUAUUUAAAUAACCAGCAGCCCACUGGAAAUCUGACCCAAAUACAUGUCCAUAUUGCAAUUGAGUAAUUCCACUGAGCACAUAUUUAGGGUAAGUCUUCAUUGGUACAUAAAGAAGAUUUUGAUUAAACUUGAUUUUAGGAGCGCUAUUCCUUAUUAUAUUUUGAAAGUGGCUAUUGAACUGAUUGUUUUCGAUGUCGCUUUUCCAUAAUGUUUCUAAUUGAUUAUCCAAUG